CUCAAGGACUCUAUGCUACUAGGCCGCCAGCCUUGGGAGAGGUGUUAGAAGUUCAUGAUAGAGAUGGCAAGUGAUGCAAGAAACUCUGAUCUGCCUACAGAAGGGGAAAGGAUCAGAGAAGGAAUAAGUGAAGCCCAACACUAACUACCCGGAAGACCAAACUCUACCUUCUGAGACCUCCCAUCCCCUUGCCUCAGGAAACGACGCAGCUGUGACUGAAAGGAAUCAGGGGACAGCACCUCAGACUCCCGGGCUCUCAAGCAGCACCGCGCCGGGGGCCUCCUGACGCCUGUGAUGCGGGACAAGGAGUGGCGCGCGGCGGGAGGGCAGCGCUGGGCCGGGAGCGCAGAAGGGCAGGGCGGCGUCCUUUCCUCCAGAGCAGGACCUGCGACACUGUAAGCGCUGCGGCGGGUCCCCUCCCGGCGGAGCUGGGAACCGCCCGGGCCCGCCCCGCCCACCUUCCCCGCCCACCGUGCAGCCCCGCCCACCUCCCCCGCCCACCGUGCAGCCCCGCCCCGCCCGCGCCCCGCCCACCGUGCAGCCCGCGCCGCCCCGCCCGCGCCCGGCGGAACCCUGCGACGCAGACGUGUCUCCCGGGGAGCGAAUUCGGCGUGGGACCCGAAGCCCUUCUCAGGCUUGGCCUGCGGCUGCAGCGCAUGGCUGUGAGCGGGGCGGGGAGGGCGCGCGGGAGGCGGGGCCUUGGGCCGUUGGCGGCUCCUCUUGACCUUCGUACUGCCCACUUUUCUCCAGGCUCCAGGGCAUCCCGCUCGCGAGAUGUCGGCAGCCCCAGGCCCAGGGCACCCUACGUGCAGCGACGCCGCCUCCAGGGCCAAGAAGCAAAAGAAGAAGAAGAAAGCCCGGAAUGCGGUCUCUGUGGCGAGCGGAGGCGGGAAGGCCCCAGGAAAGCCGGCCGCGGAGGAAGCCCCCCUAAGUGCGGAGGCCCAGGCGGAGCAGCUGGCCCGGGAACUGGCCUGGUGCGUGGAAAAGCUGGAGCUGGGGCUGAAGAUGCAGAGACCCACCCCUAAGCAGAAAGAGCAAGCUCUUGGGGCAAUCCGAACCCUGCGAAGCCAAAGAACCCCCCUGCCUCGGAAGAGGCAGCUGAUGCACUCCUUGUUUGGGGACUACAGGGCUCAGAUGGAUGCCGAGAGGCGCGAGGCCCUGUGGGCUCUCAGGACUGCUGCCCACUCAGCCCAGGUGCAGUCUGUAGGUGAGGCCGCCAGAAAGAAGAGCCGAAAGGUCUGCAGGCCUCGUCUCGCAGGGAGAGCCAAGGACACCCUAGACGCUCCUGAUGAAGAGUUUAGAUUCAAUUUCUUUUAGCUUCUUCCGCAUUCUGAAACGGUCCCCCUCUGCAGAUGGUGCAGGGAUCUGAGUGCAGAGUUUUUCCAGGAAUGCUGUAUCCCUGGCUGGUCAGUGAAUCUGGUGCCAUGGCUGUUGGGCAGUUGUGAGACCUGCAUUUUGGCUACUGACCGUCAGACAAGCACAGGACCCCAUUUGUAGGUUUUCAGCUGAAAUGCCUCUCCUGCCAGAAGCGGGAGGUCCAUGUAGAAGUUUUUUAAGUAAACUGAAGUGAGUGUUGAUCACAUUGUAGAAGGCCUCUUUUCACAGUCCUAGGAGCAGACUAAGUGGGUGCUGGUAAUGAGAAUUAGUGGAGAAGCUACGUAGGUACACACUGGUGCUCACUUACAGAAGGACGUCCUGUCAAGUGCUUUGGAACGCCAUGCCGUUAUGUUACAUUGCGGUAAUAAAACUAUUUAAAAAGUGAA